CGCGUCAGGGCGCGAGCCGAGGCGCCGGGCUCCCACUGGCUGGGCGGCCUCGCGCCGGGAGCCCUGAUUGGCUGAAGCCUCUGAGGCGACAGAUUCCGGAAAGGGAAAGAGUAGCCAACAUGGCGGCGGAACGCGGCUCAGGGCAGCAACAGUCGCAGGAGAUGAUGGAGGUUGACAGGCGAGUGGAAUCCGAGGAGUCAGGGGAUGAGGAAGGGAAGAAGCACAGCGGUGGCAUCGUGGCUGACCUGAGUGCGCAGAGCCUGAAGGACAGAGAGGAGCACAGCGAAGUGGACGCAGGAGAGGAACAAGAGCUGCCUGUAGACAUGGAAGCCAUCAGCCUAGACGGAGAUGCUGAGGAUGUGGAUCUGAAUCAUUACCGAAUUGGAAAGAUUGAAGGAUUCGAGGUGCUGAAGAAAGUAAAGACUCUCUGCCUCCGUCAGAACUUAAUCAAAUGCAUCGAGAACCUGGAGGCGCUGCAGAGCCUUCGAGAGCUGGAUCUCUACGACAACCAGAUCAGGAAGAUGGAGAACCUGGAGGCGCUGACAGGGCUGGAAAUUCUAGAUAUUUCUUUUAACCUGCUGAGAAACAUUGAAGGGAUUGACAAGUUGACACAACUGAAAAAACUCUUCUUGGUCAACAAUAAAAUCAGUAAAAUUGAGAACUUAAGCAACUUACAUCAGCUACAGAUGUUGGAGCUGGGAUCCAACCGCAUCCGGGCAAUUGAAAACAUCGACACAUUAACCAAUCUUGACAGCUUGUUUCUGGGGAAAAACAAAAUUACUAAACUUCAGAACCUGGAUGCGCUUACCAGCCUCACUGUCCUCAGUAUGCAGAGCAACCGGCUGACCAAGAUCGAGGGGCUGCAGAGCCUGGUGAACCUGCGGGAGCUCUACCUCAGCCACAACGGCAUCGAGGUCAUCGAGGGCCUGGAGAACAAUAACAAACUCACCAUGUUGGAUCUUGCAUCAAAUAGAAUCAAAAAGAUUGAAAAUAUCAGCCAUCUAACAGAGCUGCAGGAAUUCUGGAAUGUGAGCUUCGUGAGGGCAGGAGCUUUGUCCGUUUUGUUCUUUCUUACCUCACCAGCGUCUAAGAAUAGUGCCUGACACAAGGUAGGUUGAAUGAGGGAAAGGAAAAUAGGAAAGGAAGGUUGGUCAAAUGGGUGGAGGCCAACUGUACCUAACAUUGACAAACAUGCUUAUCAAACAUAUCAUCUCAAGGGUUCAUGUCUUUAUGAUAAAAACAGUUCACACAAAGGUGCCAUUUGAAAACUGGGUAUAGAGACUGAAUAGGUGAUUCACAGAGAGAGAAGUAAUGGUUACUUUAAAUACAUAGAACAUUUUGUUUCUCAUUAAUAAUUUUUUCAAAUACAGUGUAACAAUGAGAUAGUGGGUGUUGUCUGCCACGUUGGCAGAUAUUAGCACACUGUGACUGCAGCUAGUCCGUAAUGUGAUGGUUACCCCACAGCAGCCAGUAGGACCACACCUAGUGCACAUUCUCUGUGGGACAUUUGCAGAGCCUUAAAAGUACCCAUAAUUUCACAUCUAAGAUCUAAGCAAAUGAUGAGAAAUGCAGAGAGAGAUUUAUGUACUAAAAUAUAUAAAGACCGGGGUUUGUUUUUCACGGUGGAAGUAACUUUCUUAUAUUUCUUUAUGCUAAAAGUAUGUCUGCUCAUUACAAAACGGGAAAAAAAUCAGAUGAUAAAGGUGAAAUGAGAGAGUCUUUUUUCACGUAUAUCCUCUCAAACAUUUAUAGAGAUACACUAUUUUUUAAAACGAAGAUGAGGAAUCCUAUCUUAUAUAACCAAAAACCAAAACCCGUUGCCG